AUGGAUAGACACCCUGAGGUUCUGGACUGGACUCCUGGCAGAGACAGAGUACCAGGUCAAAGCUGGUAUGACAAGACGUACAUAGGCAGCAUCCUUGUGUCUGUGAACCCCUACAAGUUGCUCAACAUUUACGGCACAGACAUGGUUCUUCAGUAUGAAGGCCACGGUUUACGUGACAAUCCUCCUCAUCUCUUUGCCAUUGCUAAUCUCUCAUACACAACCAUGAUGGAUGCCAAAAAGGACCAGUGUAUUGUAAUCAGUGGAGAAAGUGGGGCAGGAAAGACUGAAGCCACUAAACUGAUCCUGCGUUACCUGACAGCCAUACAUCACAAACGCAAUGUCACACAACAGAUACAGAUCCUGGAAGCCACACCCCUUCUGGAGUCUUUUGGAAAUGCCAAAACCGUACGCAAUGACAACUCUUCACGCUUUGGCAAAUAUACGCAGAUCUACAUGGAGGAGGGUGUAAUCAGUGGUGCCAUAACCUCUCAAUACCUGUUGGAGAAGUCCCGCAUUGUCUUUCAGGCCAAAUCAGAGCGAAACUACCAUAUCUUCUAUGAGAUGUUGGCAGGUCUUCCACUUAAUGAGAAGCGCUUGCUGUAUCUGCAGGAGGCUGAGACCUACUACUAUCUAAAUCAGGGAGGGAACUGCUCCAUAGACGGUAAGAAUGAUGGGGAGGACUUCAGGCGUUUGCUGAAUGCCAUGGACAUCCUGUGUUUCACCCCAGAGGAGCAAACUGGUAUCUACAGACUCCUGUCUUCUGUCCUUCAUCUGGGGAAUGUCUACUUCCAGCCACAUCAGGCUGAGGGCCAGGAGUUUGCAUCAGUGGUGAGUGCUCAUGAACUCAGGGUUGUAGCUGAGCUGCUGCAGGUCUCACCCGAAAACCUGCAAAAGUCUGUCACCUACAGAAUGACAGACGCAGUGAUGGAGAAGAUCUACACUCCACUGACUGUGGAGAGCGCUUUGGAUGCCAGAGAUGCUGUUGCCAAGAUCCUGUAUUCGCUGCUGUUUAGUUGGCUGACUGAGCGCAUCAAUGGACGCAUCUACCCUUGCAGCGAAUCCCUCUCCAUCUCCGUGUUGGACAUAUAUGGAUUUGAGGAGCUACAAGUGAACAGUUUUGAGCAGCUGUGCAUCAACUUUGCAAAUGAAACUUUGCAGUUCUACUUUAACAGGGUCAUCUUCCAGGAAGAGCAGGAGGAGUACAUGCGGGAGCAAAUCCAGUGGCAGCCACAUCUCUUCAACAACAACCAGGCAUGUCUGGAUCUCAUUGCAGCAAAGCCUCAUGGGAUACUGCGCGUACUGGAUGAUCAGUGUAGUUUCCCCCAGGCAACAGACCACACCUUCUUACAGAAGUGCCACUAUCACCAUGGAAACAACCCGCUGUAUGCAAGGCCAAAGAUGCCACUGCCAGAGUUCACCCUGAAACACUACGCAGGGAAGGUUACCUACCAGGCGGGGCGCAGUUCGAAGCGUCAGCUGUUUCUCUUCCCCGGAGGCAUCGAACGCCACGCGAAAAUCAAAACGUGUUCUGUCGCCCUGGAGGUGAUCGAAGAGUUGUGUUAUGAGAUGGGUUUACACACAAUGGAGGCCAUGGAAGAAUAUGCCAUAUUUCUAGUGACCAACAGAGGUCAGAGUGUGCGACCUCUGAACAAGAACGAGUACAUCCUGGACGUAGCGACGGAGGCCGAGUUAGUUGACGCCAACUACAGCCUCUGGUUCCGACGGGUCGUCUGGACUCAGCCGUUAAAAUUUGAAAACGAGCUCUGUGUCGCCAUGCAGUACAACCAGAUCCUUCCCGACUACCGUAAAGGACUGCUGAACGUUCUUUCACAUGGAAAAGUGAGCGAUCAGCAGUUCCACCAGAUCUCCAAGCUGGCUGCUUUACAGCACAGAGCCAAAGACAUCAUCUUCACGCCCAGCAUGUGA